AUGGGCACAAACGUACUGGAAACUUUCAAUGAAAGUUCACAUUCAUCAGCACCAAAUACUAGUUUAACUACGAAUGUAUGUGAAUCAUCCUUCCAUCUCAAUGCGAUCGACUUCGAUUCUAUGCCACUAAGUCCUUCAUUUCGUGCUCUUCUUGACAACCUUCGUCCAGAACAAGAACAAUCAACGGGACGCAUUGCAAGAGAAGAUGUUGAAUUGAACGAAGUAACAACUAAUAACGAAACUAUGGCAGUACAAAAUAGUACAAUUAAUAGUAAAAAUUAA